AUGCCGACGCCGCCGACGCGGCUCGCGGCGCGGCUCGCGCGCGGGGUGGACGUCGGCGGCGUGGGACGCGCGCGCGGUGGACUCGUCGUCGGUCAUCCAGUUUCGAGCGCGACGCGCGCGUCCGCGCGGUCGAGAUCGAGGCGCGGGGGGGCGAGUGACGACGCCGAGAGCGCCGCGUCGUCGUCGGGACGAUCGGGGGCGGCGCUCGCGGUGGGAGAUGUCGCAAAGUUGGCGGCGCUGCGCGGGACGCUUCGACGGGCGUCGAGCGACGCGGAGACGGAGACGCCGACGACGCGCGCGACGCCGACGACGCGCGGCGGUGAUGAUGAUUCGAUCGCGACAUCACGGAGAGGGUGCGCGACGCGCGUGCGCGCGACCAAGGCUGGACGCAAGGGGAAGACGGCGACGCUCGCGGGACCGGUUUUGGGAACCGACGCGAGCGCGAUGGUGAAGGAGCUCAAGCGCGCGCUCGGCGUCGGCGGCGCCGUCGAGGCGAACGACGCACCUAUGAUGAAGACCAUCGCACUUCAGGGCGACGUCGUGGACGAGGUUGUGACAUUUUUACGCCACCGCGGGUACGUCGCCGCCGCCCGCGGGUGA